AUGAUCCCGCUGUGUUGUCGCCAGCCACCAGAUAUGGUGAUCGGGGCGGGACCCAUCUACCGAUUUGUGGAAUUUAGGGGCUGUUGUUCUGGAAGAGUUCCGUGCUCUGUGCGCAUUAUCCUCAUAAUGUUCAGUUGCACCGUCAUGAAAUUGUGGACCUCUGGACCAUUUCCCAAAGUCACCUCUGCGAAAGGCGCGAAACCGUCCAAGGGACGUGGGCAGAUAUUGAAGCUAAAAAUUGACAGAUUCCUUCUGGACCGAUAUCCGCUGGGACAUCGUAGCUAUCCGGUUUCUGAAUAUCAAUGGGGAAAACUUCGUCGGGGUGAAUACCAGCGAAACCCCAAACUCAGGGUUUCUGGGCGAAUCGGGUGCUUCAAGAGCAGGGGUGAUAUCAUCAAUAGGUUCUUUGGGGGCAGUAACUGA